AUGCCAUCGAGAUCCUUUUUCGUUCUUUCUUUUAUUCUUUUUUUCUUUCUAUUCUUUUUUCUCUCUUUUUUCUUUGUUUUUAUAUCUUUUUUCUUUCUUUUUUCUUUCUUAUUCCUAUUUUUUAACUCUUUCUUUCUUUUUUCUAUCUUUCUUCUUUACUUCUUUCUUUUUGUUCUAUUUUUCUUUGAUAAUUUCUUUCUUUAUCUAUUUUUUCUAUAUUGUUUUUUUUCUUUAUUCUAUCUUUUUCCUAUCUUUUUCUUCUUUCUUUCUUGCUUUCUUUCUUCCUUUACUUUUCUGUCUUUUUCUUUAUUUCUUGUUUCUAUCUUUUUCUUUUCUUUUUCUUUUUUCUUUCUUUACUUUUCUAUCUUUUCCUUUAUUUCUUGUUUCUUUUUCCUUUCUUUUUUUUUUAUCUUUCUUUCUUUCUUUAUUUUUCUAUCUUUUUCUUUAUUUCUUGCUUCUUUUUCCUUUCUUUUUCUUUCGUUCUUUCUUUCUUUAGUUUUCUAUCUUUUUCUAUCUUUUCCCUUCUUUUUUCUUUUUUCUUUCUUUUUUCUUUUUUCUUUCCUUCAUUUUUUUGUCCCUUCCUUCUUUCUUUCUUUCUUUCUUUCUUUAUUUUUCUAUCUUUUUCUUUAUUUCUUGCUUCUAUCUUUUUCUUUUCUUUUUCUUUCGUUCUUUCUUUCUUUCUUUAAUUUUCUAUCUUUUUCUUUUUCUAUCUUUUUCCUUUCUUUCUUCGUUUUACUUAUCUUCUUUCUAUCUUUCUUUACUUUUCUAUUUUUUCUUUAUUUUUCUUUCUUUUUUUCUUUCUUUCUUUUUCUAUCUUUUUUUUAUAUUUAUUUCUUUUUUCUUCCUUUUUUCUCUCUUUUUCUCUCAUUCCAUCUUUCUUUCCAUUUUAUUUCUUUUUCAUACUUUCUUUCUUUCUUUCUUUCUUUCUUUUUUCUUUCUGGAACAUCCAUAUAA